AUUUCAUUUCAUUCAUUUCUUCUUCGAUACAAUGUCAAUGUUUGGAUGGAGGGGCAGACGGAAGCCCGCGGCGGAGGACAAGAAGGGCCAAGCUGCGUACUCGACCGAGACGAUCGUCACUGGCGACCUGCAGUCCGUCGUCAUGCUCCCGGACGGCGAAGACCUCAACGAAUGGCUUGCUGUCAGCCUGUUGUCAUUCUUUAACAACAUCAACAUGUACUAUUCCGUCGUCUCGGAGCUAUGCACAGCCCAAACAUGCCCAUCCAUGACUGCAAACAAAACCGAGUACCAAUGGACUGACGACCGAGGGCGACGGACAAAGGUGCCCGCUCCGCAGUAUGUGGACAUUGUCACAACCUACAUUCAGAAGCAACUGACGGAUGAGAACGUCUUCCCCACCAAGUUUGGCUCUCAAUUCCCGAAAGACUUCCAAGCAAUCGUUCGUAAAAUCUUCAAGUUCCUCUUUCAAGUGCUCGCACACAUCUAUCACGCGCACUCGCACCAAGUCGUCGCGCUGGGACUCGAGGCGCACAUUAACACGCUCUUGAUUCACUUCAUUCUGUUUGCCCAAAAGUUCAAGCUGCUUGAGGCCAGCGAGCUCGCCCCGCUGCAAGACUUGAUCAAGCAGCUUGCCGUGUUUUAAACGGCAGCCAGCUUGAAGGUGGUCGCCAUUUCUCCGACUGUUUGAGCAAUGGCCCUUGUGCAAGGAGAGGUGCAUGGUGGCUGUCAACUGUCCGGUUUUUUUUUUGUGUGUGGUAGUUUUGCGUUGCGUGUGGUUUUGCGAGUGUUUUGUGAAAUAGUUUUCGUUCUACGUGCAUGUAGAGUAGCCCAAUCAAAAGAGU